AUGGUGAGGAGACCAUAUUGUGAAAAGCAAGGGAUGAAUAAAGGAGCUUGGUCUGCUGAAGAAGAUAAAAUCCUCAUCAACUAUGUCAAGAUUCACGGUGAAGGCAAGUGGGGACGUGCUGCUCAGAAUGCUGGUUUGAAGAGAUGUGCCAGGAGUUGCAGGCUUAGAUGGUUGAACUACUUGAGGCCCGGCAUCCAACGAGGCAACAUCACUGAGGACGAAGAAGAUCUCAUCAUACGGCUCCACCGCCUUCUUGGCAACCGGUGGGCCUUGAUUGCAGGGAGGCUUCCAGGACGAACGGACAAUGAAAUAAAGAAUUACUGGAACACCACCCUGGCCAAGAAGUGCGGAUCUUUCUCGCCACAGUCUUGUGUGAGAAAAGUGAACCAUGAAGAGGAAACUGCGCAAUGCCGGAAUCAUGGGUCCAUGAAUAAUUUCGAUCUGGUUAAUGUAGACCAGCCAUCAGUGGCCGGCAUGUCCGGAAUUCCUGUUCUACCCCAAGAAGAAAAGCACUGUUUUGUGGACAAAGGCAUAGGCUUGAUGAAUAACAGCUGCAGCAUCGACAAUCAGGGCUUCUUCUCUUCGCUUUUGGUCGGAGAUGAUGGUGAUGAGAAUCAUCCGAGCUUUUUGAUGAACAUUGACAACGAUAAUGAUUUCAUAAUGGGACUUCCGGACAUGGAUUCACUGUUAUUUCCUGGUAAUAGAACAAUGCAUGAAGAUAAUAAUUAUGACAUAUUUGGAGGUUAUGACAAGAAUAAUGUCAUGUCUUCGUCUCCUUAUGAUACCACUUCUGAUGAUCAAGUAGUCAGGGUUGAAACUGAGGUGAUGCAUGAUCAGCAACCGUCGCUACAUGUGGAGCUGAAGAAGCUGGCUAUGUUUCUUGAUUUGGAAGAUGAAUGGAAGGAACCCUGA